UGAGCAAUCGAUUAAUUGGCUCUAGCGUGGUUACGAUGAAAUUCUGUUAUCGUGGGUCGGAAUUCUCUAGUUUCCGAUUCGGUUAUACCGUAAACACGGUCGGUUUCUGGUAGUAUGAGAAGCAUCUGGUUAGAGAUUGGAGCCGAAAGAAGAUUUCCCUCACAAAUCAUGCAGUGUUACUGGUCGCCAUCAUGAUGACUAUUGUAGAGACUAGAGACUGAAAGCGGCGUCAUCAUGGUCAUCGCUGGUCGGAUGUGCUGCUUACUGAUGACCAUGUGCUGGUGUCCGAUGAAGCACAAGUGGGGUCGUGCAGGAAGAUUAUAACGGAUGCCUGUUUUGGUCAUCACCAAUAUGUUAUGAUGACGACGAAUAUGGUUGGGUUUCAUUGCGAAAAGGGAGAUUAACUUCAUGGCUCAACUGCGACUAGCACCAGUCGGGUGGCAGGCAUGAGAAAAAGCGAGUCAUUGUUGUUACUAUGUACAAAGAUCGUAACAUUGAACAUUAUCAAUGGUGAUUAUGACUGCACAAACGUGUUUGAGCUUCCACCCGACUUAUUUGACUUCUUAGUGAUUCACCUGCCGCCACUUGCUUUAGAAAAGUUGCAUAAGGUUUUGAAUGCAACUGGACAGUCACUGGAAUGUAAUGGCUGGCAUGAUGUUGAGGAUGAAUGUUCUAAAUCUGCUCAUAAACGUGCAAGAAUUGAUGAUCCUAACAAUGAUCGGAGUAAGGAGAUCUCAUCACUUAAUACACCUUAUGGGGGACAACAGCAAACUGAUGUCCCUUUAUUGCAUGAAGAGAUCUCAACUCACAGGAAAAACAUUUUCAAUGAAACUUGGAGGGCACUAUUCAAAUCACGGUGGCCUCAUGGUAUUAAGCAAAUAACUGCAUCCAGUGAAGAUGGAGAAGCAAAAUAUGUUUGCAACAGACAUAGUAAAGAUUGGCAAUAUGUGUAUUGGGAAACUCACUUACAGAAUUGCAUUGAUGAAGUUGCAGCUGUGGCAGUUCUUCCUACUUUUCAAGGGAACAUUGGUGCUGUGAAAAUAUCGGAUGCUAUCUUGGAGCAUAUUGGAUGCAGAAAAGGACAAGAUCAUUCAGCGUAUGACUAUUCAACGUUAUCUUAUCAUUGCCAACAAUUUGGAUGCUAUGCUAGGUAUUUGAAGCUUCAGAAUGUUUUUUGUGCUCCUGAAACCUGUGUUUUGCUUAGAAAUAGCAAGCUACAUCAACUUGUUUUUCGAGGAAUUAAAUCAAAAAGUCAAGUUGAUGGAAUUUGCAAAAUUUUGAACCAGAACAAGGAGACGUUGAUAUCUCUUGAGUUCUUACACUGCAAGUUGUCAAUGGAUGUGCUGAGUGAUAUUUGCGGUUCUUUAUAUACUGAGUCGGCACAUAGUAUCAUGUGCUUAUCAAUCAAAUCAUCCGGCAUUUUAUUUGACCAAGUGUGUCACUCUCCAACCGGAUUUUUAUCCUUCCUUGCAUCUAGAAGGUCAUUUUGUUCACUUGAUGUGUCUCAUAGUGGCUUGGAACCAACUUUUGCAAGAAUGAUUCUUGAUACUCUGAUCAGUUCAUCAUCCAAUAUUUCUGCUCUAGAGCUGUCUGAUAACAGAAUUUCUGGUUGGCUUGCUCCGCAUGCUGCUGCAGGUUCUGCUUCAGUCUGUUCCAAUUCAAAUAACUGUUUAAGAUUGCUGCAGGUUCUAAAUUUAAGGGGAAAUGGUCUUGGCAGGGAGGAUGCAGAGGAUCUCAAGUCUACCUUUAUGUAUAUGCCAAACUUAAAACGUUUAGACAUAAGCGACAAUCCACUUGAGGAUGAUGGUGUCUGGGCUUUGGUGUCGUACUUCACAGAGCAUCCUGAGUUUUCCGUGGAUGAUAUGAACAUGGAAAAUUGUGGAAUUUCAGGUGUUGGAGUGGUUGGAAUUUUAGAUGGUUUAUCAACGCUCGGAAAGCCAUUUAGAUCCUUGUCAAUAGCCCAUAAUAGUCUUGGACGAUCUAUGGCUGUUCCCUUGUCAACCUUUCUAUCAAAAUGUCGUGUUCAAAGGCUUAAUAUUGAAGCUACUGGAUUAGGACCAUCUGGUUUUGACGACCUGGAGAAAGCAUUGCCAAGUGGUUUGGCGCUAGAGUAUCUGAACAUAAGUAAAAACCGUGGUAGACUAAGCACUGCAUUGUUUCUCUCCAAACUCCUUGUACAUUCCCCUGGACUUGUGGAGGUUGAUGCUGGAUACAAUUUUAUGCCUAUAGAAUCUGUAUCUAUCAUACAUGCUGCCCUAAAAGCUUCAAAAGGGAAACUGAAGCGGGUUGACCUGACGGGUAACAUGCAUUUAUUCAAGUCGCCUGUUAUUUCUGUUCUUGAUGAGUUCCAUCAUGAAGGAGAACCAAUUGUGGUUCUUUCGUUGUCACUAACUUCUAUGACUCCUCAUGAUGAUGACCCUUAGGUACGGUAACUUACAUACUAAAACUAAGGAAUUUGUAGUAUGCUUUAUCUUGUUGUAUUUAUUGAAAUUUUUUAACA